AUGGCCGGUAACUUCCAACCAGCAGAACUCCGCCUAUGGUCCAAUAACGUCAGAGGCCUGAACGUGCCGGAGCGGCGCUCUCAUCUCCUGCGCACCCUAUGGACGGCACGCGCGUCUAUUGCAUUUAUUCAGGAGACGCACUUCCAAUGGCGUAAUGCACCGGCGCUUCGGGACUCCCGCUUCCCCACUGGGUACUUCGCCAACCACCCACAUGCCAAGAAGGCCGGGGUGGCAGUCCUCAUUGCCCGCACAGUACCCUUCCUGAGCCACGCAGCACUAGCAGACCCAGGAGGCCGUUAA